CAGCACAUGACCGCACCCUGCAUCUCUCUUCCAGCCGUUAAUUCUUCCCGGCAGGACGGUUAGAUCAUCUCCCAGCUGUGAAAGAAAGACACCAAAGGGAGAAAACACUGAAGGGUUUUCAGCAUCUUUGACAUAACUCAGCAGACCUACAGUCCAUCAUGAAUUCCAGACUUACCAGUAGUCAGCAGAAGACAAUCUGCUUUAGCCUUGGAAGAGUCAGACUGGAGCUGCUGUACAAGGCCAGCAUCCAUGGUUUCUCUGGGAAAGCCUUUCACAAACGAUGUGACAACCAGUGUCCCACAGUUUCUGUGGGCUAUAAUGCCUCGGGCCAUAUUUUUGGAGGCUACACAGAACAACCAUUCAGUCAGUCUGGACAGUACAUGAAUGACAACCAUGCCUUCCUUUUCUCAUUAUUUGGAGAAGAGCUCAUUAAAUAUCCUGUUAAAGCUCCUGAUUAUGCCGUGAAAAUGGUUGGUAAUUCUGGACCAUAUUUUGGAGAAGCAUUGAUCCUUGUCAAUGGAAGCCAACCUGUGGUGUACAGCAGUUCAGGCAAAUAUUACAACUUCAACGCUGUAGAGAUGCAUGGCAAUGACCUCGACCUGACUGAGUGUGAAGUUUACCAAGUUGAGGAAAUGACUGAAAUGGAGAGGCCAUGGAGAACAGUGAUCUGGAAACCGGAAAUGAGAGAAGAGCUGAUGAGCAAGAUAAGGACCUAUGAACCAUUAAUCCCCUCAGUGACCACUGUUCGUGUGCUCCUCAUCGGAGCAGUUGGAGCUGGAAAGUCGAGCUUCUUCAAUUCUAUCAGCUCUGUAUUCAGAGGUCAUGUUACAAACCAGGCCAUGGCUGGAUGCUCCACCACCAGCCUCACCACACAGUUUCGAACCUACCCUUUGAAAGAUGGACGUCAAGGAAAGCCUCUGCCAAUCAUCUUGUGUGAUACCAUGGGGCUAGAGGAAAACACAGGGGCAGGGCUUAAUGUGGAUGACAUCUUCAGCAUUCUCAAAGGCCAUCUGCCAGAUCGCUAUCAGUUCAACCCCUCUGCUCCUCUCCAAAUGGACUCCCACGGGUAUCAUGAGUCUCAAGGGCUUGAGGACAAGAUCCACUGUGUGGCUUAUGUCAUUGAUGCUUGCAAGGUCUCCAUCAUGCCCUCAAAGCUGGAGGAAAAGAUGAAUGCGAUACGCAGAAAGAUCAACUUGAUUGGAGUUCCUCAGCUGGUGCUCCUCACCAAAGUAGAUGAGGCCUGUCCUUUGGUGGCAGAGGAUGUGACAAAAAUUUACCAGAGUGACUACAUCAAGCAGAUGAUGCAGGAGGCCAGCACUCGUCUCAGUCUGCCGUUGUCCUGUGUCAUCCCGGUGAAGAACUACAACGAGGAGUUAGAGGUGAACCUGAACUGUGACAUCCUGCUGCUCAGCGCUGUCAACCAGAUGCUUCGUAUCACUGAUGACUACUUUGAUGACAUCAAUGACCAACUCAGCAACGUGAAAACCAAGGAGUAGAAAUUUGAUGCUGUAGGUACACCAACACAGAUCCAGAGAUUAAAUCUGCUCCACAAUGAUCCAUACAUGCAGCCAUCCAUUUAUCAGCAUGAACAGACAUAAUUCAAAGCAGUGAUAGGAAUUUAUAACAUUAACGUAAUAACUGAUGUAUUCGACAAGCUGCACCUUUAUCGAUGACUGUAAUAGAUAACUUGGGAUUAGUGCGGUCGUUUUUUAAUUCUGACCAGAAAUUUUCGGGCAGAACCACUCCUGGUGAACAGAAAACACAGUGAAGCAGUUUCGUUACAUGCACAGAUAUCACACCAGUCAUUUGGUACACAGUCCAAAGCUGAUCAGUUAAUCUUGCAGCAGAGCAUAGGAGGGCAGCUCGGGAGACUUUCCAAACUUGAUCGCGUAAAUUGGCCUGGACAGAGGGAACAGCCAAUGGGGCUUUAUAUGUUUUUAAUCAUUCUUUUUGAGUAUAUGUUUGUCUCCAACUCAGUUUUUAGGCCAAAGUUGACGACUAAAAAAUUUGUACAGGUCCCCCUCAUUCUGACAGGUGCACCCACACAAAAAAAUAGUUAUUUUCCAUUUUAAUAAUAAAACAGUUGAUCAUCAAGUUAGCAAAACUAAAAAUAUGUUAUUAUUUCUUACCACAUUCACACGUGCGUUAAUCAUGCGACAAAAAAUAGUGGCUUUAAAAGUAUUUUGAGUUAAUGCUUUAUAGUUUUCUCAUAUGGGUGCUCGCCUUUUCUGAAUAAAAUCAGAAUGUUCCAUCUAAACAGAAUUUGUCUAGAGUUGUGCAGCUGCUUUUUCCUCCAGAGCCUUGAAAAAAACAUGCAUAAGAAAAAAUAAUAUUCUAGUGAUUUUAGUGGCUGCUUUGUUUUAUUAACAGGCUUUAUUUAAAAAAAAUGUUGAAAGUUUCAUGCUGCAAGCUUUCAUCCACUUCUGAAAAAAGAGUAAAAAGAAUUUGGGCUGCUCCAUAACAGUAUCAAAAAAGCAAAGCAGAAAUAUUAUCAAAAUUCAGGGGAAGAACCUAUCAAGAACACUGGCUUGCUGAUGUCAAUUAUAAGGUGGACUCAAAAAGUUGGUUGGACUAUUUUACAACUGAUAGAGCUAUUAAAUCUCAAUCCAAGCUUGUUUAUUGAACUGCAUUCUUUCUCAAAACAAAAAUAUCAAGAAUAUAAUUCUUAAACACAGACACAUCCUUUAAAAUGAUUCAACACUAAAAAACACAUUCAGGAGCAACCCAUGGUAACAUUCAUUAGAAUCAUCAGGGCAUGUCAACCAUCACUAUAAAAUACAACGCACUUCAAGGCAAUUAUACCUGCAUAAACUACCAAAUAUGAAAAAAUCUCAAAUAUUUUUUUUUUUAUCAUCCGGUCACUGGACUCAAAAUGGGAUCUAUAUGAUAAAGUGCCCUGUGAAAAAGUUUAAAACAUCCCACACCCUCAAAGAACAAAUUACUGAACCCAGGAGUACCAUCAAAAGAAAAAACACCACUAUCUCUGAUGUUAGACAUUUUAAUGAACUCAAACACUCCAUGUCUUUAUUUUUCUCAGGCAUAAGGCAUUAAACCAAAUUUGAGAGGUGGCAACUUAAAUUUUAUCAGAAAAAAAAGAGAGAAGUAUUUUUGAUUUUUUUUUAAGGUUAUUUCUGGGGGGGAUGAAUGAGGAUUUUUCAAUUAGUAAGUUUUUCUAGUUUUUUUUUUUCAAUUGGGGAUCUUUGUUGGAUUUUUAUCUCCAAAAUGAUUACCUUCAAGAGUUUUUAUAUCUUCUGGUUUUAUGUCAAUACUCUUCUUUUAUUUUUAAAAUCUUUUUAUCUGUCUUUCGUAGGGGUUUUUACAAAUUUUCUUUUGUAGCUUUUCUUAUAAAAUGCUUUACCUCAUCUACAGAUAGUACUAUUAAAUUGACCCUAGCAUGCACUUUAACCCCACCCAUUAGCCGCCUCCUCUUAUUGUUCAGUUUCAAAGUUGGUGUUAGUUUCCUCUUAGACACUCCCUGUGCUUCUUUGCCAGUGUCUGUUGGUCAUAAACCACAUAAUCAUUUAACCAUCCCAUUGGUGUUGUUAUCCUGUUGGCUGGUAUACAUGAUGUAAUUUCGUAUCAUUUUGAAUUUGUUAACAUUUUUUUUUAUGUUUUCAUGCUACCCUACCUAAAUGUUUGUAAUAUGUUUCUUGAUGACCCUGAUGAAGUCUACAAGCUGAAAUGCGCCGGUCUAAUAAAGUUGUUCUCUAAACUACAA